GCUUAGCAUGUGCCAACGAAUGUACUUCCAUUCCGUCUCCAGUUGUGAGAAUUCUUGAUUUUUUAAAGUUCCAGAUCCUCGACUAUUCUAGAAUUACAUUAUUUUAUAAUUUAACAAGAGAUCUCAAAAUAUGAAUGAAGCAACACGUCGCGUGCUCCAUGAUUUGAAAGCUCUAACUGAAAGCAGAAAACAAAUGGAAAAAGCUGGAUUAUUGUCUCCACAAGAACUUAGUCGUAAAAUCUGCAUCGAAGAGCAAAUGAAGUUCGAGAUUGCAGAAUGUUUGAGGAAAGCUCAGGAGAAAGCUGAUGAGAAAAAACGAGAAAAUGAGAAAGUAAUUGGACAAUUGACAUAUAGACUUGAAAGAAAGAUUCGAGAAAUGAAUAGAUUAAAAGAAGAAGAAGAAUAUAUGGAAGAAGUCGAUAAACGAUAUGAAGCUCGGUUGAAUAAAGAGAGAGAAGAGAAAAUGAAAAAUGGAUUGGAAAUUAUAAAAAUUGAUCAAUUGGAGGAUUGGAAUGUAGAUGGAAAAAUUGAAAAGAACGAAACCAAGUCUAAGGCUAAAAAGGGCAGAAAGAAGAACAAAUCAAAAUCUAAAAGCAACAAAAAUAUCGAAAAGAAUCUUGAAUCUCUUUCCCUAUAAGUUUUUUUAAUUCUCAAAUUUAAGCUCUCAUUUAUCUCGUGAUGUUCCUUGGCAAUACCACUUUCGAUCGUUUCUCAUAUCUUUGUAAUAUUGAAUAUUAACUAUUUUUAUGCAUCCCUUGAUUUUUCACUCGUGUCUGAAAUAUCAUUCCAAGCCAAAUCGAAGAACUCCAUCUAUUACAUUCAACUCGUGCUCAAUUCAAAUGUAUUACUUUUCAGUGUUAAUUAUUGUAAAACAUUCUAAUAAAAACAAGUCUUAUAUU